UACUCUAGAGAGGUUAUAAGUCGUGUUAUCUUGUGUCUAUUUGGUUGCCGCCAUUUUGAUGAUAGUAACUUUAAUUUGUGAAAGAACGAAACGAAAGUUGUCACCAAACAACGCCUUUCCAAUGGAAAUCUACAGAUGUGGCUGUCGUGUAGCUGAGAGAAGAUGGCGGGCUGCUGGCUCCUGCUCGCUCUCCUAGCAGCUGUACACGCGCAGAAUAACCGCAAUGACGGACCGCGGUUCCUGUCGCGUGGCCACUCCUUCAGGACAGUGGUGGGAGACACACUGCUACUGCCAUGCCAGGUCCAGAACUUGGGUUCCCUGGUGUUGCUGUGGAGGCGAGGACCAGCUGUCCUCACCGCUGCCAGUCUGAUGGUGACCAGAGAUGAGAGAUUCAGACUUGUUGAUGGUUACAACUUGCAGAUAACUGAUGUUGGACCUCAGGACGCAGGCGACUACGUCUGUCAGAUAUCGGACCGGAUAUCCAGAGACCAAGUGCAUACCGUGGAAGUGUUAGUGCCGCCAAGUGUACGCGCCUCGCCCGAGUCACGCCACGCUGCUGCGAGACGUGGGGGCGCUGCUGUGCUGGAAUGUAGAGCUUCAGGGAAUCCUGUACCCAGUGUUACUUGGCAUAAAAUGAUCGACAGUUACAACACUCAUUUGAACGAAUCCAAUCUACGUCUGGCAGACGGUCCACAGUUGCAGCUUUCGCGUUUGGAGCGCGCUCAUAGCGGCCGCUACGCAUGCACUGUUGACAAUGGUGUUGGACCUCCCGUUGUUACUGAGUUCCAAUUACAAGUAUUAUAUCCUCCAGAAAUAACAGUGGAGCGAUCCUGGGUGCACACUGGUGAAGGCUUCAGAGCUGAACUGCUGUGUACCGUUCUUGCCGAUCCUCCCGCUGAGGUAUCGUGGUACCAAAACUCAUUCCCUUUGAGUGCGUCGGAGCGGGUGACUAUGUCAGCGCGCGGGAACAACCACACCUUACUAAUAGCUAAUGUACAACCAGAAGACUUUGGUAAUUAUAGUUGCGUGGCAGACAACAGUCUAGGCAGGGCGCGGCAACACGUAGAAGUUUCUGGAAGGCCGGGCCCCGCAAGGUUCACAUCACCGCCAGUUGCGCGACGUACAGACGCUUACACACUCGCGUUUGCUGUUGACAGCUACCCUCCGCUGGAUGAACUGAGACUACUGUAUAGACAACUAGCGUUCAACGAGUCGUACCAGCAGCCGGGGCGUUGGCAUGACGUUGUGAUCCCCGCACCGCAGCCGGCGGGCGCGCUGACACAUCGCGUAGCGCAUGAAUUACGAGGUUUGCAACCAGGAGCUGUGUACGAGGCGAUUGUUCAAGCUAAGAACAGAUAUGGAUGGAACGAGGUCAGUGAUAUCUUUCAAUUCCACACACUGGGGGGUGAACACACAGCGCAUGCAGGGGAACUGACACCUAUGUUCUCCGGUCAGAGAAAAACCAGUUACAAUAUUUAUACAGUGGUCAGUCUGACCUUCCUUACUCUAUGGAGCCUCGUCCAUACCGGUUAACCGGUUAUAAAUAACGUAGAGAAUUUAAAUGACUUUUUAUCGGUUUUAUAAAAUAUUUUACAAUAAUCGACAUUUUCUUUAUAACACAAUAUGACAGAUCUGUUACGAUGGCUAUUUCAAAUCAUUUAUCGAUAAAAUCGACAAUCGUACAACUUCCGGUUUUUGUACAACACUAGUGACACUUGAUUGGCUGUUAACGACCUGUCAUUUUGUGACAUUAGUAAAGCAACAGAAAUGAACACCAACAUGAUCUAAA